CAGUGAAUCACGUAAAAAGUGUUCAAAGUUCUACAGUUAAAUAAGAAACUACGCAAAACAAAAAUGGCGUAUGAAGAACAGGGCACAUCCAAUAUAACCCAGACAUUAUCGAACUUGUUUGAGGAGAUGCUCCUAGCCACGGACGAUUCGAAAGAGAACGCAACUGUAGACGUAUCGAAGUUCCUUGUAGCUCUGAAAGACAAAUCGACGAAGAAUAGCCACGACUCGCUAGACUUUGGGACGUUAGUGAAAUUGGUCGACGGAUGGCGAUCGAAGCUGAACUUGACUAAGCCCACGGAGUCGUCUUGCAACUACUGCGAUGGCGGGAUCAGGGAUUGGGUGCUUGCGUACAACAGUAUACAUGGAUAUGUUAGCUUAAUUGUAUGUUUAUUUGGUAGUUUGGCAAAUUCGCUGAACGUUGCAGUACUAACGAGACGGGACUUGGCAGCGGCGCCUAUCAACCGUCUCCUCAAAUGGCUGGCUGUCGCAGAUGUAUUUGUUAUGAUGGAAUACGUACCGUUUGCCAUAUACAGAUAUCUUAUACUACCCGGUCAGCGUGAGAUGCCAUACAAAUGGGCAGCAUAUCUCCUCUUCCACAUGCACUUCACGCAGAUCUUUCACACCGCGUCGAUAUGCCUCACACUCUCGCUCGCAAUCUGGAGAUAUCUGGCUAUAAAAUAUUCAGACCGCAGCCACGUACUAUGCACCGAGAGACGCUGCAGUACUGCAAUCCUCAGCAGUUUCAUACUACCGCCCAUACUGUGUAUACCGACAUUUAUGGUUUUCGACGUACAUACAGCUGUCGUAUUGGAACCCAAUGGCCCUAUGAUACUCUAUCACGUAGACUCUGACGAAGAAGGUCAACUGUACCAGAUCAAUUUUUGGGUGCACGCAGUCGUCAUCAAACUUUUACCCUGCUUUAUACUGACAGUGAUAAGCUUAUGGCUGAUCAGAGAGGUUUACAGUGCGAAUGAGCAUCAGAAAAAAAUAAGAGUAUACAACGCUUGCCCGACAAAAGAUAAAAUAUUGUUGAAACGGCAAUGCAAGGGGGACAAGAGGACGAAUAGAACAACAAAAAUGCUGGUGGCCGUGCUCCUCCUAUUUCUGGUGACAGAGUUGCCUCAAGGGAUAUUGGGUCUUCUCAGUGGCGCGUUAGGUCGAUGUUUCUUCAAACGCUGCUACGAUUUGUUUGGCGAGCUAAUGGAUGCGCUGGCAUUACUCAACGGGGCUAUUAAUUUUGUGCUGUACUGUUCCAUGUCGAGGCAGUUUCGGAUGACAUUCAGGCAGAUGAUGUGGCGAGCGCAUUUACAUCGAUGGCCGCCGCCGCAGCCUUCGCAUUCAGAUGGUUUGAACACGGCUAAAACAUCGGUUCCAUGAAAUAGGAUGGUCAACCAGCGGCAAGAGUUUGUAAUGCAACAAUUUGUAUGAUAAUUUGUUUUAGAAAUGUCAGAUAGACGAUUCUGAUAAGACAAUCGAAUUUUGUAUGUAAAUAAGAAUAUUAUAAGACAAUGUGAUUUUACAGAAAAAAAUAACAUUUUUAUAAUGACAUUUAGCAUAAAUAUACCUCAAAACUGUGCUAGAUUGAUUCAUUAUC